AAUCCAAGAAUCUCGUUUUUUCCCUUUAUCGUAGGCAAGUGGUAGCCGGAAAGCAAAAAAUUUCACACGGACUUUCGAGCCGGCAGGUCUAUUGCUCGGGGAGGCCUAGUAAGGUUGGGAAACUUGGAAGGGGCCUUCAAGAUCAAAGCGAGUGCUAGAGGAGCACUAUUCUCGUGGAUAUAAGCAGCUCUAUCGAGGUCGAAGGAGGCCUAAGAACCGAAACAUCUGCAGUUGCUCCCAUGGUGAACCGCUCUAGACGCUGCGUUCAUUAUGCUCUCAGGAUUGUGAACAUGACCAUCAAUUUUAUUGGGGUUCUGAUGAUCAUCUAUUCUCUGUGGGCGCUGAAGAAGUGGAAGGCCAUUGAGGUCAACGAAGGCAGCUCUGAAUAUGGUUUGCUUUAUCCGUGGUUCAUUUUUACAUUUCUUGCUAUUGGGAUCGUUGUAUGCUUCUGCACGCUCUGUGGGCAUGUAGUAGCCAACAGCAUCAACGUGUUUCUUCUUACUUUCUACAUAGUAUUCAUCUGCAGCAUUCUUUUUCUUCAAGUGGGAGUGGUCAUAUUCGUCUUUUUCAAGGAUUGGGUAGCAGAAAUUAAUGAAGACUACACUGGACAGUACACUGAAUUUGAGGAAUUUGUUACAUUUCAUUUAACACUGUGCCGGUCUAUUGUAAUUGUGAUAGUAUUACUCCAGGCUGUUGGUUUUUUGCUUGCUGUCAUGCUUUGGGCCUGGCGGCCUGAACCAAGUACCUGGCUUGAUGACUCCUGUGAUGGUGAAACAUCUAGAUCUAGUCUAAAGCAGUCAUUUCUGAUAUGUAAUGACACUCAGCAAUCACUUCCUUCACCAUUGACAAGCAAUGCUAAUAACGAAAGGAGAACUCUAGUGGAGGAGAUUGGCUGACAUGCCGUGGCUUCCCUGACUUUCAUUGACAUUAUGAGGCUAUCUGAAAUUAAGGAUGGCCAGGUAAUACCAUUUUGGUUUUGCGUGUUAUUAGCUUGUGACCACUAACUUGAUCAAUUUUUUUAAUCAGCAUAAUGUUACAGGUUCAUUUGCAAUUUGCAAUAGUGAGUUCAGCAGAAACAAUAAUAACACUUUGCUUUGCCAGUGCUUUGAUCUCGAGCAACUUUACAAAGUAUUCCCAAGUACCCCCCUGGCCUAUGAUAGGCAAGAAUAUCCUAUGAGAUUUGAGGAUCUUUCUCCAGAUUUUGAGUAUUAAGGUCCUCUCCAUCCAGAUUGGAUUUGAAAGACAGUGUGAAUCGAGGCUUAGAGGGCCCAGUGGGGCAUUGGAUAACAGUGGCUUUCGAGAUAGAGAACUAGGAAGAACAGGGAGAGGCCCCAUUCGUUUUCCAUUAAGAAAUAGAUAUAGACUUAAAGUGACACUCGAGAGAAAACUCCUAUCAUGUGGUUUAGUUCUAAAAAGGAGUAAUACCACAGGUUACGGUUAGAAUGAUCUCUUGGAAAAGGGCAUUUCCUUAAGAUUCACACUGACAUCAUGAAUGUCUGGCAUAUGGAUGAUCAUCCAGUGUUAAUGCCUUCUCGGAAUUCAAGCUAAAUUUAUUUGUCACUUGCGUGUACACAAGCCUUGGGUCUCUUAUCUCAGUGCAUCUUGUGGACACUGGCCCAUAGUGAGCGUGUAAUUCAGUUCUAAUGGCCUUGUUUAUGCAGUUCGUGGUAUGCUCAACAGCUAUAUUAUCAGACAAUUUGUUCAUUAGUUGUAAUGUUAUACUUGUCUUUCGGUUCUUUCUUUUGUUUUCUUCUUUUAUGGUUUCUGUUAGGGGGCGUUUGAUACGCCAUAAAUAUACUGUAGCAACGGAAAAAAAAUUCAAAUCUUAAAAAUUUUUCUGGUUUAUCAAA